AUGCUGCGCGCGGGCGUCAUUGAGCCCGUCGAGUGCUCGGACUGGGCGACUCCUCUCGUUAUUGUCAAUAAAUCGGAUGGAGCUAUUCGAAUAUGCGCGGAUUACAAGGUAACCCUCAAUCGUGUCUUAUGUGUCGACAAGUACCCAGUGCCUAAAAUUGACGACUUAUUGUCGCAAUUAGGGGGAAGUAAAUUUUUCAGCAAAAUAGACUUAUCACAGGCAUACAAUCAGAUCGAGCUUGACGAUACCAAAAAGUACACAGUAAUUAACACCCAUCGCGGUUUGUUUAUGUACAACAGACUUGUUUUCGGCUUAGCAUCCAGUCCGGGAAUUUUUCAAAGAAUAAUGGUUAACUUGUUAAAAGAUAUCGAGGGGGUCGUAGUAUUUUUGGAUGACGUUUUGAUCGCUUCGGACACUAUCGAAAACCAUAUACAUACUUUACGUAAAGUGCUAGAUAAAUUGAAAGAGUACGGUCUUAAAUUAAAAAGGGAAAAAUGUGAAUUUUUUGUAGAAAAAGUGAAAUAUUUGGGUUAUGUAAUGAAUAAAGAGGGAAUCCACCCCGAUCCUGACAAGAUAGAAUCGAUUCUGUUGAUGUCACCACCCAGAGAUAUUUCGGAACUUCGGUCAUUUUUAGGAAUGGUCAAUUUUUAUAGCCGUUUCGUGACCAAUUUGAGUACCAUUUUACAGCCACUUUACGAACUACUAAAAAAAGACUCGACAUGGAAAUGGGAUAAAUUAGAACAGCAGGCUUUCACUGUAGUUAAGAGACGUUUGAGUGACGCGGUCGCGCUGAGCCACUACGAGCCGGGCGCGCCGUUAGUGGUGACGUGUGAUGCCAGCGCGCGCGGGCUCGGCGCCGUGCUGGCGCAGCGCGACGCGGCCGGCCGCGAGCGCCCCGUCAUGUGUGUGUCGCGCGCGCUCACCGCCGCGGAAUGCAACUACAGUCAGAUACAAAAGGAGGCGUUAGCUAUUGUAUUUGCUGUGAAAAAGUUUCACCAGUAUAUUUACGGGCGACGGUUUACAUUGCGAACGGAUCAUAAACCGUUAGUCACAAUAUUCGGUCCACACCAAGGUAUUCCUAGCAUGACGGCCAGUAGAUUACAGAGAUGGGCUUUAAUGAAAUGA